AUUCUGAAUCUGUUUGCUUAUUGCGUUGGAUUUCCCCCCCUUUCCAUUCCUUCCUCCUUAUUCUUGUUCCCUCGUAACCCUACUUUCUUUCGCAGGUAACCUUCGUAAUUUGUAUUUAUUUCUCGAUACUUGAUUGAAAUUGAAUUACUUGUAUGGGUUUGUUCAUGUUCUUUGAUUUAUAAUCGUUUUAGUAAUACGUUAUUUGUGUUUACCUUAAUUCAAUUUGAUGGUUUUCGCCCACUUGCCUUCUUGUUGGAUUUGGUUUUUUAUUGUAAAUAUCUAGGUUUGGGUGUUAGGGUUCUUAUUCGGGAGUUCCAUUUUAGAGAUUAAAUCGUGAUAUGUUUAAAUUAUAUUUUGUUACCAAUGCGGUACUAACUUGUUUAUACAUGUUUGAUGCAAUUAUUGUUUCUGCCUGAGUUCGUCUUAGAAUUGGACUCGGAAAUUACCCAUUUCACAUCAGAAAUUACCCAUAUAUUUCUGGGUAACAGGGUGCUGGAUUGAAUUGAAGUUAUUUUAACCAGAGAGUAUUUGUUGGUUUGUGUAAUAUUAGGGGGGAUAUUUUAUGGCAUUUGAAUGCAAAGUGAGCACAGAGAUAUAUUUGACAAAGAAUUCAGAGGAUACAAUCGAAGUUAAACCAAGUCAUAUUGUUUCAUCUGGAAAGAGUUUGCUCUUUGAUUCAGAAACUGUAAUUACUGAGUCUGGUAAACCAAGAAAUUUAGUGAAUCAAGACUACAGCCGGGUUAUAACCACUCCUUGUGGUGCUAAGUUAGCAGUUGAUGAGUGUUUGUUUAACGGUCGUAGAACGAUUACUGACCUUCCUCCAGCAUUGAUAUCUGAAAUAUUUAACUGCCUUGAUCCAAAGGAACUUGGCGUAGUUUCUUGUGUCAGUCCAUCUUUGUACCGAAUUGCAUCCGAUCACCACGUGUGGAAAGAAUUCUAUUGCGAGAGAUGGGGACUGCCAGCAGUCCCCAUCUCUCUCACCGCAGAGUGUUCUGAUGACAAAUCUUGGAAAGAACUUUUUGUGGAACGGGAAUUCCGUAGCAAAACGUUUAUGGGACGUUACAGCAUUGAUAUUCUUUACGGUCAUGCUGAAGCUGUUCGUACUGUCUUUCUUUUGCCUUCCAGAAAGCUUGUAUUUACUUCAGGCUAUGAUUCAGUUAUUCGAAUGUGGGAUAUGGAAGAUGGUUUGUCAAUCACUUCAUCCCGACCUCUUGGGUGCACCAUCCGAGCCGUUGCAGCCGAUUCCAAGCUCUUGGUUGCUGGCGGUUCUGAUGGUUUUAUACAUGGUUGGAGAGCUGAGGAAGGACACCCCCAUCUCUUUGACAUAAAGGGGUCCCAGAACCAGAAUACAGAGUUUCGACUUUGGGAACACGAAGGUCCCAUAACUUGCCUUGCUCUUGAUCUUUCUAGAAUUUACAGCGGCUCUUGGGACAUGACUAUAAGAAUUUGGGAUCGUUUGUUGCUGAAAUGUUUGACGGUUUUGAUGCAUAACGACUGGGUUUGGUGCCUUGUGCCACAUGAUACGACGGUUGUAAGCACUUCUGGAUCGGAUGUAUACAUUUGGGGUACUAAUUCUGGUUCACUUAUUGAUAUUAUCAAAGACACUCACGUAGCAACAUGGAGUCCUCAUUCAGGUCCGGUUUAUUCUCUUGCAUUUGAAUUUCCGUGGCUAGUUUCAGCUUCCAGUGACGGAAAGCUUUCGCUCAUUGAUGUGAGGAAGCUGUUGAAGAGCAUCCGGCGGUCUUCAUCAACAACGAGCGUUUUAUCCCAAACUAAUUGUGGAAGGUUAAAAACGAAGCCGAAUAGAAUCCGACAUUCUUUAAAUGGAAACAAUUCGGACCGAAAUAAUGUGGAGCCUCCGCAAAGAAUGCUGCAUGGGCCUGGGUGCAGUCUUUUUGCUGUAGGCAUUGGUGCUGACCGAAUUGUAUGUGGAGGGGAAGAGGGUACCGUUAGGAUUUGGAACUUUUCGCAGGCUUUGGAAAUCGAAAAAAGAGUUUCCGCUUUACGAGCUUUACGUUUCGAGAACCGAAUGAGACGCCGGAAGCUCCAGAAUGAGAUCGACAGUAAAGGUAGCCGGGCUGAUCAGUGUUUGAUUGCUGCUAAGAACCAGAUGAACGGUGAGAGAAAUGGCGUCUGGUAUAACAAGCGUGGGUUGACUCGGAAGGUCAAGGGUUGAUUCGGAAGGUGAAGGGUCGAACCUUUGACGCUGUUACACCCUCCUCCUCCUGUUGUUUUGUAUACACAAUUUGACUGGUAAAUUUUAGACAGAUGUUUUAGGAGAAGGGUAUUUUUUUUUACUAUUGCAUUUUGUUGGUAUUCA